CUGAAAAUGCUACCUUCAAGACGCAAUGAUGUGGACCUUGAUUUCUUCCUGAUGUUUAGUGUGGUAGAUGAGAACGAAAGUUGGCACUUGGAUGAAAACAUUGCUUCCUUCUGCACGGAGCCAGACUCGGUUGACAAGGAAGAGGAACAGUUCAAAGAAAGCAACAGGAUGCAUGCCAUUAAUGGUUAUGUCUUCGGGAACCUCCCUGAGAUCACAGUAUGUGCCGGAGAUCGGGUCUCGUGGCAUCUCUUUGGGAUGGGCAGUGAGAUUGAUGUCCACACUGCCUUCUUCCAUGGACAGACACUGAUCAGCCGAGGACACCGGACUGAUGUGGCCUCCCUUUUCCCAGCAACCUUCGUGGCAGCUGAAAUGGUCCCUCACAAUGUUGGGAAAUGGCUGCUGACCUGUGAGGUCUCUGACCACUUGCAAGCGGGAAUGGAAGCUCUCUAUGAAGUCAAGCGUUGCUCCUAUCAGGAUUCAGGAUCUGCCCUGAAAGGGAAACUACGGCAAUAUUACAUAGCAGCCAAAGAAGUGCGGUGGAAUUAUGGCCCUUCCGGAUUAGACCCAAAUACUGGGAAAAGCCUGCGUGAGCCAAACAGUUUCUCACAGCUGUUCUUUAAGCAAAAUGCCAGUCAACUUGGCGGAACAUAUUGGAAAGCCAAAUACGUUGAAUAUACGGAUGGUACUUUUCGUGUGGAGAAAGAGCGGACGGAGGAAGAAAAGCACCUCGGGAUACUUGGUCCAGUGAUGAAAGCCGAAGUAGGCGACACCAUUCAGGUGACCUUUGCCAACAAAGCCUCGUGGCCUUUCAGUAUCCAGCCCCAUGGCGGCUUUUACAGGAAGCUGUGGGAAGAAGGCCCAUACCAGGAAGGCCUACUCAACAAUGGAGUGUCCAUCAAGCCAUUUGGGAACUUCACAUAUAUCUGGGUGCUACCACCAGAUGUUGGCCCCACAGCCUCAGACCCUCCUUGCCUGACCUGGAUGUAUUCUUCUGAGGUGGAUCCCACAAGAGACACCAACUCUGGCUUAGUGGGGCCCUUACUCAUCUGUAGGCCUGGCACGCUCAAUGAGAGAAACAAGCAGAAAGGCAUUGAUAAAGAGUUUUACCUUUUGUUUGGUGUGUUUAAUGAAAACCUAAGCUGGUAUCUGAACACAAAUCGGAAGUAUCUGAAAUACACACGGGGAAAAGAAGAACUAUUUGAGGAUCACAUCUUCAAAGAGUCCAAUAGAAUGCAUGCCAUCAAUGGAUUCCUCUUCGGAAAUUUGCCUCUCCUGGAUAUGUGCAAGGGAGAAACCAUUUCCUGGCACUUGCUCGGCCUCGGCAGUGAAACUGACAUUCAUGGGGUUGUUUUCCAAGGAAAUACCAUCUUGAUGAAUGGGAUGAGGCGAGAUACAACCAGUCUUUUCCCUCACACCUUCGCCACAGCCCUCAUGCAGCCUGAUAACCAAGGCACUUUUGGUGUUUACUGUCAGACAAGCAACCACUAUCAGAACGGAAUGAGAGGCAGUUACUCUGUUCAGCAGUGUGGGGAAAAGGCAUAUUUUCCAGACCAACAAUAUGGGACAGUGAGAACCUUUUACAUCAUGGCUGAGGAGGUGGAGUGGGACUAUGCUCCAGACCGCAGCUGGGAAUUAGAAAGGCACAACAACUCUGGAGAGGAAAGAUAUGGUGACAUAUUUCUCAACCAUGAGAAUGGACGACUGGGCUCCCGGUACAAGAAGGCCGUUUAUAGGGAAUACACAGAUGGGACAUUCAAGACCCUGAAGAACAGAACAGAUGCUGAGCAACACCUGGGGAUAUUAGGUCCCUUUAUUUGGGCAGAAGUGGGAGAUGUGCUGAACGUAGUUUUUAGGAACAAGGCCAUGCGGCCUUACUCCAUUCAUGCCCACGGAGUCCUGGAAAAGAACAAGGACUCCAAGACAGCAGUGCCUGGAGAAAUUGUAACCUAUCAAUGGAAUGUUCCUGAAAGAUCUGGUCCAGGACCAAACGAUUCUGCCUGUUUGAGUUGGAUCUACUAUUCCACAGUUGAUCGUGUCAAGGAUUUGUACAGCGGCCUCAUUGGCCCCCUGAAAGUUUGUCGUAAAGGGACACUAGAUUCCAAUGGGAGAAGGAAAGGCGUUAGCAAGGAAUUCGCCCUCCUCUUUUUGGUUUUUGAUGAAAAUCAGUCUUGGUACCUUGAGGAAAAUGUCAAGACUUAUAUCCAAGGUGAUUGGAACCAUUCCCACCAGCAGGACGAAGAAUUUAUGGAAAGCAACAAAAUGCAUGCAAUCAAUGGUAAAGUAUAUGCAAACUUGCCCGGAUUGGAGAUGUGUGAAGGAGACUGGGUGAACUGGUAUCUGCUGGGAAUGGGCCAGGAGAUUGACGUGCACACCGUUCACUUCCAUGCAGAGACAUUCAUUUACCGGAAUGGCAAGAGUUACCGGGCCGAUGUGGUGGAUCUCUUCCCUGGGACCUUUGAAAUGGUAGAGAUGCAGGUUGGCAAUCCUGGCACCUGGCUUCUUCACUGCCAUGUGGCUGACCAUAUCCAUGCUGGCAUGGAGGCCCUUUUCACAAUCCUACCCCACCAAGAUGCAGAGCAUUGCAAAUACCAUGUAUUCAGAAUUACAGCAGAAACUUCUGAUGAGGUAAUUGGGGGUCCUUCUGGAGAAGAACACGUGGAAGCUUCUGAAGAAAAAAUCUCCCAUGACAUCAUUUUGUUUGGCUCAAGGCUAAACCAUAGACAUUUAGAAGCAGCAAUUAUUACACUUGCUAUUGCUGGGGUUGUGCUCUUCAUCACUGCCAGUGUUCUUCUUGGUGUGAUCAUUCACCUCAAGAGACAAAAGAAAUUGAGACUCAACAAGCGAUCUAUAUUGGAUGAAAGCUUCAAACUGAUGCAUAGUCAGAAGCGUGACCUUUAGAGAACAGUAGAAGAACUCCUGGAAGCUUUUAAGCCAGGCAGUAGUGAAAAUGGCUCAGAAUAGGAUACAGCAAUCAUUCUAUGAAAAUUCAAUAAGCAAUGUUACUAGUAAGUCAUUCUGCUAAAAACUCUACAUUUUAGGGUUUCAAGUAUCCCAGGACUCAGAUGGAUUCCCAGAUCCUUAUACCCUUAUUCACUGAAGAAUAGGACAGAACCUCAAGUAAAGCCACCCAGAAUUACGGUACCUCAGGUAAAAUGGGCGGUCAAUAAAUUUGA